GCCCCUCGGGACCCCCACCGGCGCUCGGUUGCCUCCGCGGCGGGCGUUGGGGGGGUGGCCCCGCCCACCGGGCACUGAUUUCCGCCGAAGGAACUCCCCCACCCCCAGGUCCGGACUCUUUAAAGGGGGCACCGAGCCCUCUUUGGGGACCCUGUCUUUCCUGCACUAAACUCCUCUCAAUCAGGCACACUGGCACCCCUCCCUGUGAGGCAUGGAGGCCUUCUCCCUCUUGGGGGGACCCCCUAGCUCUGAGUACAGUGAACCUCACUUCCCUGAGUCCCCCUGCGGUCUUGUCCCCAGUGCCUGGCACUAGGGAGGAGACCUAGGUUACAGGGCUUGGAUGGAUGGAUGUUAAGGCCACAGCCCCGGUGAGGACAGACCUGCCUCCGCGUGUGUGCCCCCAGGUCCUGCUGCCCUCAGCGGGCAGGAAGGCCACGUGGAGGCUCAUGGUGUGUGACUGGCAGCCACCGGAGAUUUUGAUUCGCUUUCCAAGGACAAUGUCUUCGAGAAUAACCGCUUGGCCUUUGAAGUGGCCGAGAAGGAGCUGGGCAUCCCUGCUCUGCUGGACCCCAACGACAUGGUCUCCAUGAGGGUCCCCGACUGCCUCAGCAUCAUGACCUACGUGUCCCAGUAUUACAACCACUUCGCCAGCCAUGGCCAAGCCGGUGUCUCAGCACCCAGAAAGGGCCCGUCCCCCUCCUCCCCGCCACCCACUCCAGUGGAACCGGAAGACACGGCUCAGGGCGAGGAGCUCGCCUCGGGUCACCUGUCGGAGCCGGGCGCCCACCGGACCCCCAGCAGCGCGUGCGCGGCCUGCGGGCAGCACGUGCACCUGGUGCAGCGGUACCUGGCCGCGGGCAGGCUGUUCCACCGGCACUGCUUCCGGUGUCGGCAGUGCUCCAGCACCCUGAUCCCCGGGGCCUACAGGGCCGGGCCCGAGGAGGGCACCUUCGUGUGUGCGGAGCACUGUGCCAGGCUGGGCCCGGGCGGGCGGGGCGCCAAGCCCCGGUCCCCACCACAGCCAAAGCGACAGCAAGAAGAGGGAAGGGAAGCAGCAGAAGAAGCCACGGAUGUGGAGGGGGGCGGCCCCGGCCCUAGGGCGGCUGCAGGGGCUGAGGCCCGGCCCCAGAUCCCCACCAAGCCCUGCGUUCCGGACAAACCACAGGAUCUGGCCAGCCCCCAGGCCGGCCGCCCCAUGCCCGCCCCCAGGAGGACCUUGGAGAGCACAGCCCCGACGCCCUCCGUGCCCCCGACGCCCUCCGUGCCCCCGACGCCCUCCGUGCCCCCGACGCCCUCCGUGCCCCCGACGCCCUCCGUGCCCCCGACGCCCUCCGUGCCCCCGACGCCCUCCGUGCCCCCGACGCCUCGGCCCCGGUCCAGUCUGCAGCCUGAGAACUCGGCGGAGCAGGGAGGCAGCAGCCUGGUGAACGGAAGGCUGCACGAGCCCCCCGUCCCCAAGCCGAGAGGGACGCCCAAGCUGUCAGAGAGGACGCCCGCCCCCAGGAAGGACCCGCCCUGGAUCACACUGGUCCAGGCAGAGCCGAAGAAGAAGCCAGCCCCCCUGCCCCCGAGCAGCAGCCCCCGGCCGCCCAGCCGGGACCGCAGGAGCGUGGAGAACGGAGGCGAGGAGGUGGCCCCGCGGAGCCCGGCGGCAGCUGGCCUGGAGCCCAAGCCCUACAACCCCUUUGAGGAGGAGGAGGGCGAGGAGGCGGAGGAGGCCCCUGCUGCACCCAGUCUGGCCACCAGCCCUGCCCAGGCCCACCCCGAGUCCACACCCAAGUCCCUGCACCCCUGGUACGGCAUCACCCCCACCAGCAGCCCCAAGACCAAGAAGCGCCCUGCCCCCCGGGCGCCCAGCGCAUCCCCGCUUGCUCUCCACGCCUCCCGCCUCUCACACUCGGAGCCGCCCUCGGCCACCCCGUCGCCGGCCCUCAGCGUGGAGAGCCUGUCUUCCGAGGGCUCCAGCCAGCCCGCCGGCGGGGACCUCCUGGAGCUGCCGGUUGUGCCCAAGAGCUCCUCAGAGCCUGCCGUCCAUGCUCCUGGCACCCCCGGGACCUCUGCCAGCCUCUCUGCCGACUCCUCCCUCUCCUCCUCUGGGGAGCUGGCACAGCCCACCCUGGACCGGACGCCUCAAGCCAGCCCUGGCCUCGCCCCCAGUACCAGGGGCAGCGCGGGUACCCCGCCAGGCAAGCCCUGCAGUGGCGCUGCCCCCACCCCUCUCUUGUUGGUGGGAGACAAGGUCCCCAGGCCUUUGCCUGGCACCUCAUCCCCGCAGCUCCAGGUAAAGUCUUCCUGCAAGGAGAAUCCCUUUAACCGGAAGGCAUCGCCCACAGCGUCCCCAGCCACAAAGAAAGCCACCAAAGGCCCCAGGCCAGCGAGGCCCCCUGCCCCGGGACACGGCUUCCCGCUCAUCAAGCGCAAGGUCCAGGCCGACCAGUACAUCCCUGAGGAGGACAUCCACCGCGAGGUGGACACCAUCGAGCGCCAGCUGGACGCCCUGGAACUCCGUGGGGUGCAGCUGGAGAAGAAGCUGCGAGGCGGGGUGAAUGAGGGCCACGAGGACGACAUGCUGGUGGACUGGUUCAAGCUCAUCCACGAGAAGCACCUGCUGGUGCGGCGGGAGUCCGAGCUCAUCUACGUCUUCAAGCAGCAGAACCUGGAGCAGCGCCAGGCCGACGUGGAGUAUGAGCUCAGGUGCCUUCUCAACAAGCCAGAAAAGGACUGGACAGAGGAGGACCGGGGCCGGGAGAAGGUGCUGAUGCAGGAGAUGGUGACCCUCAUUGAGCAGCGCAAUGCCAUUGUCAACUGCCUGGAUGAGGACCGGCAGAGGGAGGAGGAGGAAGAUAAGAUGCUGGAAGCCAUGAUUAAGAAGAAAGAGUUCCAGAAGGAGGCUGAAUCCGAGGGCAGCAAGAAGGGGAAGUUCAAGAAGGGGAAGGUGCUGAAGCUGCUGACACCAAAUAAGCGUGACACCAAGAGCAAGUCCCCGGGGGACAAGAGCUAACAGCGAGGGGACCCCCCGCCCCGCCGGCUCAGCCUGUGCCAUCUGGUUCUGAUGACUCAGGUGCUGUGACAGACCAAGGAGCAAGCAGGGUCCAGGCUCCUGGGUCUGGGGAGCGGCAGCUGCUGCGCACACCUGCCCCUCGUCGCCCAGCCCUGCUGUGACGGCAGCUCCUUGGUCCUUCCCCGAGGUGUGCGCACGGCCGCCUGCCUCUAGGGCCCUGUUCCUCGGUUGGCAGAGAGCAGGGCUUGGCUGCGCUGGCUGCUUCCUGCCCGGCAGGGCCCGGCUCAGUUCCCGUCUUCCUCGCGGGGCAGGUGGCCCGAGUCUGCUUCUCCCCUCGGGACCUCUAUUUAUGAAGUCUCCCUGUUGCUCAGUGACUGUCCUCAGCCUGAGUGGGGCUGAUGGACGAAACCCUCCCUCUGUCUCUAAGUUCUAGGAGGUGCUUCCCUCGUUCCUUGCUCUGUAGGGACCUCACAGGACAGGGGCUGUGCUGGCCGCACUGGGGAGCUGGGGGCCCCAAGCUGUCUCUCCCCACAAGGGCCUCUGGAGGCAGGCUCGGUGGCAGCUCCCUGAUGGACUGAGGGGUCUGCUUCGUAGGUGCUAAUCCCGGUUCUCUAACACACUGUAGUCUGAGGCCCCAUUGAGGCUCACCCGCCCCCCAGGGGGGGGGGGGGCCCAUUCCUGCGUGUGGUCAUCACCAGUCUGUCUCUUCACACUCCUGUUGCUUGUUCUUCCCCGACUUAUUCUCACCAGAGGACUGAUGGCCACUCUCCCCACUGGGAGGAGCGAUGGGGAUGGGCCUUUUCCCAGGGACUGUGCCAGCAGCUCUUGGUCGAAGCACUGUUGCUCUAAGCUAGUCUGGGACCUCCAGGCCCCUUCCCUCAGCACACCUCUGGGGAAAGAUCGCACUGUAUUUCGCCAACAAUAAACGGAGACCACCUCAUUGCAGUGCCCUCAGCCUCGGGUGCUGUGCCUUGGCCAGGUCUGCCUUCUUUCCCGCCUCCAGGUGCCUGGCCUCGCAGGUGGCCCAGGAGGCAUGUGGGGGCUUUGGCCUCACUGCCUGCCCUCGGGCGGGACUCCCUUGCUCCGGGGGGGAGGUGGCUCCUGCCCGUGUAGCCCCUGACAGCCCCCUUCUCAUGUGCCUGUUGCCCUGGGGCCGGGUCACCGACUCCAGGGCCUUUCAGGGGCCAGGAUGCAGAGCCGGGCUGGGUACCUGAGGGGUGGCUCCGUUGGGCUGCCUCGGUGUCAGGAGACUCGGGUGGUGGGGACUACCGUGGGAAUGUGCCGUGUCGUCAGAUCUUUCCAUUUUUCAAAAGAAGCUAGAAAUCCA